ACCGGCUCACCGCAACACGCCUCCCCUCCCCCAGUUCCACUCCGUUUCCCGAGCACACGCAGCAUCAUUCAUUCAUUCACAGCACAGGAGCGCUAGCUAGCUAGCUCCCUUCGCUUCACGUGUCCAUCUCCAUCCCCGGCCACCAACCGUCGCCAACUUGCCAUGGAGAAGACCUAGCCAGCUCGCGCCUUUUGGUCCUUGGGAGUUGGGAGAGAGAUCCUCCGGAGCUGGCCAAGGCAUGGCAUUGGAGGCCGCGGUGCUCUCCCGCGCUGCUGCUGGUCUCUUCGGUCGCUGCGCCAUGGCCGGGGCGGGAGGAGCUUGGAAUGGUCUCUUCGGUGGGAGCGAAGGGCUGGCGGGCUUGGACGGCGGGGACUGGGACGCCGCCGUCGCGGCGGCGUGCUCGUCGAUGCUGCUGCCUCCAGCUGCGUUCCAGGACCUGGAUAUCUCCGCUACUGCGCCGCAGGAGGAGUCCGGAGGUCGCGGCGAGAUGAGCGCGGCCGGCGUGGGUCAGCACGAUGCUGCGCCGGUGACGGCGGCGGCGACGGGGCGGAGGAAGCGGCGGCGGACGAGGACGGCCAAGAACUCGGAGGAGGUGGAGAGCCAGCGGAUGACCCACAUUGCCGUCGAGCGCAACCGCCGCAAGCAGAUGAACGAGUACCUCGCCGCGCUCCGCUCCCUCAUGCCGCCCUCCUACGCGCUAAGGGGUGAUCAGGCGUCUAUCGUCGGAGGUGCGAUCAACUUCGUCAAGGAGCUGGAGCAGCUGCUCCAGACCCUGGAGACGCAGAGGCAGACACGGGAACGCGCGGCCGUCGACGGCGGGGAAGCGCAGCCACCGCUGUUCGCCAACUUCUUCACCUUCCCGCAGUACUCAAUGAGCGUUACCUCGGCACCGGCGCCUCCUCCGGCGAACAACGACGAGGGUGCCGACGGCUGCGCCGAGGCGGAGGCGUCCGGAUCAAAGCCGUCGGCGGUGGCGGACGUGGAGGUGACCAUGGUGGAGAGCCACGCCAACCUGCGGAUGCUGUCCCGGCGGCGGCCGAGGCAGCUGCUGCGGCUGCUGGUGGGGCUGCAGGGACACCGGCUCACGGUGCUGCACCUCAACAUGAGCAGCGCCAGCCACAUGGUGCUCUACUCGCUCAGCCUCAAGGUGGAGGACGAUUGCCAACUUACCUCCGUGGAUGAGAUCGCCACCGCGGCCCAUCAGAUCAUCGAGAAGAUCCAAGAAGAGCAAGACUUCACUUCAGCUUAGAGUAGCAUGCAUCUUACCUUAUAGUAGUAUUAUUAUGCAAUGCGCAACAUUAGUUAUUCUAGCAAGUGAAGUGACUCGUGUGCAAACCAAUAAAGCUCAUCACUGCCUACCAGCUUAGUGCUGAAUCCAUGGAUGAAAAAUAACGAAUUUGUUGAUAAAAUGUGCAUCAGUGGUGUUGCAUGUA